GUGGAAUCAUAAUUAAAUCUCCGGUUCACCCGUUCAAGAGGCAGUCAAUGAUAGGUUGAAAACGCCGUACUCGUACUUCCACUUCCACCCUGGGGAAACACAGCCCAUGAAUCUAUAUGCGGGUCGGUAGGACGGAGAAAGCCUAAACCCAAGGAGGAGGUUUCCUUCAACUCCCAAAAGAGCGAAGCCCCACGAAAGAGCCCAGAUCGAUGCAAACGAUCCAAAUCCAAGCUUAAUCGACCGGGUCGAUGCUAACGACCGAAGCUUAAUCAGCUUUGCUUGGGUUCCCCUUCAGUUCCCUCUCAGACAGUCAGACUAGGGUCUCGUCGGGGCGAUCUCCGGAGGUUUUCGUCAGACAAGCAACUCAGUAUAGACAUGGGGCGUCUAAAGCUGCAGUCAGGAAUCAAGGCGAUUGAUGAAGAGCCUGAAGAAUGUAACUCUUCAUCUAGCAGAGGUGCCUCAGCAUGUAUGGUGAAUUCAGAAGUAGGUGCUGUGUUAUCUGUCAUGAGGAGAAAUGUAAGGUGGGGUGGUCGUUAUAUGUUGGGUGAUGAUCAGCUUGAGCACUCUCUUAUCCAGUCUUUGAAGGCAUUAAGAAAGAAAAUAUUUUCAUGGCACCAUGAGUGGAAUACAAUGAAUCCAGCUGUGUACCUCCAGCCAUUCUUGGAUGUCAUUCGGUCUGAUGAAACUGGUGCACCAAUCACUGGUGUUGCUUUGUCAUCUGUAUACAAGAUUCUUACUCUUGAUGUGCUUGAUCUAAAUACCACGAAUGUUAAAGAUGCAAUGCAUUUGGUAGUUGAUGCUGUGACAAGUUGCCGAUUUGAGGUGACUGAUCCUUCCUCAGAAGAAGUGGUACUGAUGAAAAUACUUCAGGUUCUCCUGGCUUGCAUGAAAAGUAAGGCUUCAGUUGUGUUGAGUAAUCAGCAUGUCUGCACCAUAGUAAAUACGUGUUUCCGCAUAGUUCAUCAAGCAGGAAGUAAAGGUGAGUUGUUGCAGCGGAUUGCACGACAUACAAUGCAUGAACUUGUUCGUUGUAUUUUCUCGCACCUGCCAGAUAUUGAGAACAUGGAACACCUACCAUCUAGAGGCAUUUAUUCUGUGAAACAAGAGGUGGGUGGGGCAGACAAGGAUUACAAUUUUGGGGGUAAACAAUUAGAUAAUGGAAAUGGAAGUUCUGAAUAUGACAGCCAACUUCCUUCUGUUGGUUUUUCUUCAAAUGCUUCAACUGGUUUGAUGGGAAGCUUGAUGGAUGAAAACACAAUUGGGGCCAGUAAUGGGAAGGAUACUGCUUCAAAUGAUCUCAUGACAGAGCCUUAUGGGGUCCCUUGCAUGGUGGAGAUAUUUCAUUUUUUGUGUUCCCUGUUAAAUAUUGCUGAGCACAUUGGAAUGGGUCCAAGAUCAAAUUCCAUGGCCUUUGAUGAAGAUGUGCCUCUUUUUGCUUUGGGAUUGAUAAAUUCAGCUGUUGAAUUGGGUGGGCCCUCUAUCCGAAAACAUCCUAAGUUAUUGGCUUUGAUGCAGGAUGAAUUAUUCCGUAAUCUCAUGCAGUUUGGCUUAUCAAUGAGUCCUUUGAUUCUUUCAAUGGUAUGUAGCAUUGUUCUCAAUCUGUAUCUCCAUUUGCGUAGCGAGCUAAAACUACAACUUGAGGCUUUCUUUUCCUGUGUGAUUUUGAGGCUAGCACAAAACAGGCAUGGGGCUUCAUACCAACAGCAGGAAGUUGCCAUGGAGGCUCUUGUUGACUUCUGUAGGCAGAAAGCAUUUAUGGCAGAGAUGUAUGCCAAUCUGGAUUGUGACAUUACCUGUAGUAAUGUUUUUGAAGACCUUGCUAACCUAUUAUCAAAAAGUGCAUUUCCUGUAAAUUGCCCUUUGUCUGCAAUGCACAUCCUUGCUCUGGAUGGUUUGAUUGCAGUGAUUCAAGGAAUGGCGGAGAGGAUAGGCAAUGGAUCAUCUGUUAAUGAACAUGCUUCAUCAGAUCUGGAGGAAUAUACACCAUUCUGGACAGUGAAGUGUGACAACUAUGAGGAUUCCAAUCAUUGGGUUCCUUUUGUCCGUCGGAGAAAGUACAUAAAGAGAAGAUUGAUGAUGGGUGCCGAUCACUUUAACCGGGACCCUAAGAAGGGGCUAGAGUUUCUUCAAGGAACUCAUCUUUUGCCUGAUAAACUCGACCCCCAAAGUGUUGCUUGCUUCUUCAGGUACACAGCUGGUUUAGAUAAGAAUCUUGUUGGGGAUUUCCUAGGAAAUCAUGAUGAAUUUUGUGUUCAGGUGCUUCAUGAAUUUGCUGGGACUUUUGAUUUCCAAGACAUGAAUUUGGAUACUGCCUUGCGACUGUUUUUAGAAACUUUCAGGUUGCCUGGAGAGUCACAGAAAAUACAGAGGGUUCUUGAGGCAUUUUCUGAGAGAUAUUAUGAACAAUCACCCCAGAUUUUAGCCAACAAGGAUGCUGCUCUCUUGCUAUCCUAUUCACUUAUAAUGUUGAACACUGAUCAGCACAAUGUACAGGUUAAGAAGAAGAUGACUGAAGAGGAUUUCAUCCGUAACAACCGACAUAUUAAUGGAGGGAAUGACCUUCCUCGAGAAUUUCUGUCAGAGCUGUACCAUUCAAUCUGCAAGAAUGAGAUCCGGACAACCCCAGAACAAGGUGCAGGUUUCCCUGAGAUGACACCGAGCCGCUGGGUUGAUCUAAUGCGCAAGUCCAGAAAAACUGCUCCAUUCAUUGUGUGUGACUCCAGAGCCUUCCUUGAUCAUGAUAUGUUUGCCGUCAUGUCUGGUCCAACAAUUGCUGCUAUCUCAGUAGUGUUUGAUCAUGCAGAGCAUGAAGAGGUCUUCCAAACAUGUGUGGAUGGAUUCUUAGCUGUUGCAAAGAUUUCAGCAUGUCAUCAUUUGGAAGAUGUAUUGGAUGAUCUAGUUGUGUCUCUCUGUAAGUUUACAACCCUCCUGAAUCCAUCUUCUGGUGAGGAACCUGUUGUAGCCUUUGGUGAUGACAUGAAAGCUAGGAUGGCAACUGUAACAGUUUUUACCAUAACAAAUAGAUAUGGUGAUUAUAUUCGCACAGGCUGGAGAAACAUCUUGGACUGCAUCUUGAGGCUGCACAAGCUUGGUCUUCUCCCUGCUCGUGUGGCCAAUGAUGCAGUUGAUGAUUCAGAGUUCUGUGCUGAUCCUGGUCAAGGGAAACCUGUCACCAGUUCCUUGUCUGCAUCUCAGAUACCUUCAAUGGGUACUCCUCGAAGAUCCUCUGGACUGAUGGGCCGGUUCAGCCAGCUCUUGUCUCUAGACACAGAAGAGCCAAGGUCAAAGCCAACUGAACAGCAACUAGAGGCUCAUCAACGUACUCUUCAGACAAUUCAAAAAUGCCAUAUAGACAGCAUAUUUACAGAGAGCAAAUUCCUGCAAGCUGAAUCUCUGUUGGAUCUUGCUCGAGCUCUCAUCUGGGCUGCAGGGAGACCUCACAAGGGAAACACCUCUCCUGAGGAUGAAGACACUGCAGUGUUCUGCUUGGAGUUGCUCAUAGCAAUUACUUUGAACAAUCGUGACAGAAUCACUCUCCUCUGGCAGUUUGUGUAUGAUCAUAUAUCCAACAUUGUUCAGACAACUGUGAUGCCUUGUGCUCUGGUGGAGAAGGCUGUGUCUGGACUCCUGCGGAUAUGUCAGCGGUUGCUCCCAUAUAAAGAGAAUUUGGUUGAUGAUCUCCUUAGGUCACUGCAACUGGUUUUGAAGCUUGACGCACGGGUUGCUGAUGCAUAUUGUGAACAGAUCACACAGGAAGUAAUGCGCCUUGUGAAAGCAAAUGCUACUCACAUCAGAUCUCAGAUGGGUUGGCGGACCAUUACAUCCCUUCUUUCCAUCACAGCUCGCCAUCCAGAAGCAUCAGAAGCAGGAUUUGAAGCACUUACAUUUGUCAUGUAUGAUGGAGCCCAUCUCAUACCAACAAAUUAUAUUCUUUGUGUUGAUGCAUCAAGGCAGUUUGCUGAGUCUCGGGUUGGACAGGUAGACCGAUCUCUCCGUGCAUUGGAUCUGAUGGCAGGAUCUCUCACCUGUCUCUUGCAGUGGUCUCAAAAGACCAAGGAGGCUGUGGGAGAGGCAGCUACUAAAUUGUCUCAUGAUAUAGGGGAGAUGUGGCUGAGGCUAGUUCAGGGACUGAGAAAGGUGUGUUUGGAUCCCAGAGAAGAGGUUCGGAACCAUGCCAUCUUGUCAUUGCAGAGGUGCUUGACAGGGGCGGAGGGGUUAUGCCUUUCACGUAGUUUGUGGUUGCAAUGUUUUGAUGUGGUCAUCUUUACUAUGCUUGAUGACUUGCUAGAGAUAGCACAGGGGCAUUCACCAAAGGACUAUAGGAACAUGGAAGGCACACUUGCCCUUGCUAUGAAACUCUUAGCGAAGGUAUUCUUACAGUUACUUCAUUUGCUCUCACAGGAAAAUACAUUCUGCAAAUUGUGGUUAGGGGUUCUUAACCAUAUGGAGAAAUAUGCCAAGGCCAAAGUUAGGGGGAAGAAGAGUGAGAAGCUUCAGGAACUAGUCCCUGAGCUCCUUAAGAACACCUUGCUUGUGAUGAAGACAAGGGAAAUUCUUGUGCAGAGGAGUGCUCUAGGUGGAGACAGCUUGUGGGAAUUGACAUGGUUAAAUGUGAACAAGAUUGCCCCUUCUUUGCAAUCUGAAAUUUUUCCUGGCCAAGAGCUAGAGCAGGUGCAUCAUAAGCAUAAUGACACCGCAAGCAGUACACCGUCUGAUCCAUCAAGUGAGGCAUUGGAAGCUUCGGAAAGUGCUAGGACAGUAGGAUCACAACAGGUUUUGAUGCGUUGGGCAACUUGAAUUGGCCUUAUCAAUGUUGCCUCACGGAAUUCCCAAAACCAAAAGAAAACUAAAUUCUAGUCAUAGGUUGUAUUCUAUAUUUUUUGUUUUGAAAUUUACAUGUGAGAAUUUGUCGUUGAAAUACGUGAAGUUUACAGAUGAA